ACGCUAGCGAAAGCAGGGAAACGAGUACGCGCUAAGUUGAGUUGUCGCUAGAUACAUGCGAACACAUAAGUCUAUCGAUUAAUUGGGUCAUUUGUGCUCUUUUCGAAAAUUUAUUGUCUUUUCAAUCGCUUCCGAGCAACUUUUGAUAUUCGUUACAUUCUCGGUUUUAUUUGGAGCAGUGAUCGUUGUUCUUAAUUGCGCUUUACGCAUCGAUUCUUCUCCCGUUUUCCGCUGUAAGCAUUAAACUGAUCUCGCCUUAAAUCUGAACAGCGCAAUCGAAAGCGAACACGGGCCGAGUCGUCCUGCGACUUGGCACUUGGCCGGUAAGUCGGCGCCCGGCAGUUGGAUUCAAACGCGGCCGAGCAACAUGGCGACCGGCGCGCCGAGCGUUUUCCCGCGUAAAACAGCGCCGCCCCGCGAUUGGCCGCGCUCCACCAAUGGCUUAGUGUCGCGCGCUCGACGCCACGAGAUGGCGACAGCAUACGAUCGCAGUGAUCACAACGCACCCGCGGAUUCGCCAUUGCGACGUGAUUGCCUAUCGAAGUUUCGUUUCGUGUUCGUGCGUGAGAAUUCGUCCCGGUGCGUCCCACGUUGGACUUCCCUGGGCCCGCGGCCUACGCAAGUGCAAACGGGUGGAAAGCUGCCGUUGAUCGCAGAGUAAUUUACCUCCGUGUCAAGGUCUUUGUGCUGAUUCAUCGCGGAGACUGCAAGGGCGGUCAUCAUUAUUGAAAUAAUGAAGAGAGAAGCCGAGGCUGGCGCCAUGACAGGUUCUGGGGGCCCGACGAGCCCCCACAAGCGCUAUCGACAGGGUGACGAUGAACUCCGUCUUCUCAUCCCGAGUAAGGUUGCUGGUUCGAUAAUUGGCAAGGGUGGUCAGAACAUCACGAAACUCAGGAGUCAGUACAAAGCCUCAAUCAUUGUACCCGAUUGCCCCGGACCCGAACGGGUGCUCACCAUCAGCUCGGACCUGCCUACUGUUUUGCAAGUGUUGAACGAGGUCGUACCUAAUCUGGAGGAGAAUGGAUCUCGUCAUGGCAGCGAUGAAAUCGAUGUGCGCAUGCUGGUGCACCAGAGUCAAGCGGGAUGCAUCAUUGGCAAAGGGGGUCUGAAGAUCAAGGAGCUUCGCGAGAAAACCGGAGCCAGGAUCAAGAUCUAUUCGAACACCUGCCCCCGCAGCACGGAUCGCCUCAUCAGCAUCUGCGGAAAACCUACGACGUGCAUCGAAUGCAUACGUGAAUUGAUCGCCACCAUUAAGACCUCACCAUUGAAGGGUGUAAACAAUCCUUAUGAUCCGCACAACUUCGACGACUUUUAUGCCGAUGACUAUGGCGGUUAUGGAAACGCCGACGGUGGUCAGGGCAAGGUCGGUGGAUUUGGCGGUCCCGGUGGCCGUGGCGGUGGUGGCGGUGGCGGCGGCGGUGCCGGGGGUGGCGGCGGUGGCGGAAUGUCGAGACGCGAUAACCGUGGCGGCGGUCCAGGUGACAUGAACCGUGGUUUUCCACCGCCACGAGGUGGUCCGCGUGGCGGUGGAGGUGGCGGUGGCGGCGGUGGCGGCGGCGGAAUGUCCGGCGGCCCCCCGGAUCGCGGAUACGGCGGUAACUCGCGCGUAGGUGGUGGCGGUGGAGGAGGUUAUGACGGUGGCCGCGGCGGCGGUGGAUAUGGCGGCGGCGGAAACCGAGGAGGUCCGCCACCAUACGGCGGCGGAAAUUAUAACGGUGAUGGAUGGGGAAUGCAAGGAGGCGCGCCCAAUGGCUUGGGUAGUGGCGGUAAUGCGGGAAUGGGUGGCCCUCCUAUGGGAGGAAACAACCAAGGCAACCAGGGCAACAUGAGCGGAAACAAGACUAGUACACAAGUCACUAUUCCGAAAGACUUGGCCGGAGCUAUAAUUGGCAAAGGUGGUGCGAGAAUCAGAAAGAUUAGAUCCGACAGUGGUGCUGGAAUAACUAUAGACGAGCCACUGCCCGGUAGUAACGAUCGCAUCAUUACCAUUACUGGGAUUCCCAGUCAGAUACAAAUGGCCCAGUACCUGCUACAGCAGAGCGUGCACGAGAAUGCAGAGCAUCAUUACUAAAACGUGGUGGGGAUGCAUUCGGGCAAGAGGGGAGCCAAAGAUGCGCUUUUGUAACUUUUUUUUUUUAGAAAUAUUUCUUGGGCAAACACACAUACAAACGCUGAAAGUGGAACCUGAAACAAGUACAUUUGACAUGCACCUGCAGAAACGCGCGCUAGAAAUUGGGGUAUUUCCGACAGAGUGUUGCGCACAGGGGAAUAACCCAUAGAAUUUACACUACACUACACACAAACACAUACACACAUACGUAUACCACACGCGAAUCACCCUCUCCCAGGAAGAUAAACGCUUGUGGUCAAUGCUAACGUGACCUUUACGUGACAACCCUUUCAAGGAUGGUGGUCACUUAUUACAGCCUGCAGAGUAAAUCGAUUCAUGAAUCGAGUACCGUUAAACGUUUUCGAUGUCGGCCUUUCUUUAGUAUAGAAUUCUCUUAUUUGUAUCGUGUCCGCUAGGCACACAUACUGUCGAUGUGACAGCGGGGGGUUUCAAACUGGCGAGCAACCGCAUCACGUUCCCCGAUGUUAGCAUUCCCGAAAAAACGUAUUUAUUCUUUAAUGGAAGUUCAAAGAAUGAUUUAUUUUUUAAUCGUAAACGCGCAUUAUUCAAUCAUCGUGUAUCUUCUUUUUUCUUUUUUCUUUUUUUGUCAUCAAUAGAUCUUGUCUCUUUCGCCCGACGAAAAAUCAAAGCAUUUUAAUUUUGAAUUAUAUAAAUUGUACCAAUGAGCAUCGAAACAGCUAAUUUGAAACUAUUAGACGCGAGACAGCCAAUUUGAAACCAUUAGACGCGACUCUCUUGAACAUCGAGACCUGACAACGCACACUUUUCCCGUUACGUUUUUUUCCCAGCUUUUUGAUAAAUUCUUUACAAAUUCUAAAAUCCUAUGUAAGAAUAAAUGCGCAUAGAAUGAAUGCGAAAGCAACAGUGUCGAAGGAACGGAGAGGUCGAGCGAGAGAGAGAAAAAUAGAUUUUAUUAAGCAAACAUUUUUGCAAGAAAAGAACUGACAAGUAUAUUCGCAAGAAGAAACUGUACAUAAGACCUACUAACAUCCUUUUUUUCUUCCUUAAUUGCCGCAUAUAUUGGCAGAUAUGCGUUUCUGCUGUUGCAUUAUUAUUAUAGUUAUUAUUACUAUAUGAUUGAUUAUUGAUAAGCAUAUUUUUGCGUUAUAUUCUAUCCCAAAUCUGUAUUAAUCCUAUCUUUAUCCGCUAGCAGACGCGUAAGCGUUCUUAGUGUUAUAAUGGAUAGAAAUAUUUAGGAUUAAUGAAGAGACGCGCUGUAAGUUUAAGGGGGUACCAUCGGCGAAGAAUGAACCACUAUUGAAUGACUUGAUUUAGAAAAUGGCAACAACAAAAUUAAACCUGCUAUGACGUUCGUCAUAGUGAUAUCUUAGUGACAUGUCAUUGUUUUAUAGGUUUUGUAAUGAGUGUGAAGUAUAUUUUCUAGUUUUUUUCUCGUUCGCCGUGCAGUUAUUUUUCUAUAUUAUUUGUACAGAAUUUUGCGAAAAAGAUGCGAAUUAAAAUAGAUUGAUCUGAGACUGGUGGUAUUCAUAGUUAAUUCUUAUACAUUAGAUCGUCUUAAUUGUUGUCUUAAGAUGUCAUCAAUUAAUCACAGAGCCAUAUUAGCAUCUUAAGACAUCAUUUAAAAUUGUCUUGAAAUAAGAAUCAAUUAUGAAUAUCAGUCUAUGGACGCUGUUGUCACUGAGAUAUAUAUAUCAGCAGAUUGUUAUUACCCUCGAUAUUUAAAAUUCUUCUGCUGAAAUCCUAACAUGAAGGUAAAAUCGCGAGUAUUUCAAAAAUAACAGCCGAAUUUGGCAUACAACAUGAUCUCUGUAAAUAUAUACCUUUACUAUGUAGUACCAUUUUUAAACAUGACUGUUCGAACGGAAGUAUCUUUUGGCAAAUAACGGUUACAUUGGUGAUUUUUUAAGUGCAAUUAAAAAUAAUUGUACUGAAAAAGGUAUUAUUUAGCUAUUCAUGGUUAUUCAAGCGAUCACUUGAAAUCACGUAAAAGCCCCGUCCAUGCAUAGUCGAUUUAAUGCUUGGAUGAGUAUGCUCAACAUGGGUAAGGAAUGGAAAUAUCUUUGAAUUCCUGUAUUCAUUGGAGGAUUGAAUUGUCAUGAUGUAUGCCGAGCUAUAUCAAGCCAUACAACCUUUUUGACAGAUAACAUAAAGUAAGGACAACAUGAACAAUAACAUUCUAAUCGCUAUUUCCAGUUUUUCCGCGUACCGAUGGUCACCCGAAGUUAACUUGUAAUAUCCUUUUCUCUUUCUCUCUCUCUCUCUCUCUCUUUUUCUUUCUCUUUCUAUCUAUCUCCUCAGUCUCUGAAAGUAUAUUUAGUCUGGUCAGUAGACACCCCUAUCAGGGUGCCUACAAAGGGCAUUUUUAAGCAUCUUGACUGUGUAAACGUAUCCGUUAUAUAAAGGUAUACCGACCAGUAGGUGACGCAUUUGCAAUCUGUUACACUUUUAGGAUCAUCGCGCGUGGAUUUGCAUAAGUACACAAAGAGCUUGAGCAAUGACACGGUUGGUCAUAAAAUGUCAAAUAAAAUUACCAACAUAUGUAAAUUCGCAUAUGAUGGACUUUACAGAUUUAGAAAGAUUUACCGUUAUUCUCGCAACAAUAUUCCAAUCGACUGUUUACAGAGAGACAAGCUUUCCUAAAGUUUUUUUCUAUUUACUUUUUAGUUUUGGUGCUAUUGCGCUUCUUACAUCAUUGUUCAAAUUCAAGAGGAUUUAAGGUGCUGAGCACCAAAAGAAAAAUAUGCCUUUUUUGUUUAACGUUUUAACGUUACACGAGGUAAAUAUUUGUACAUUUAUUUUUCGAUUUACUUGCCUGAGAUCGAGUAAUUUUAUUUUAUCAUCGAAGAAAAUGUUAUGACUGUCAAUCUGUGAAUAGUUUCGCGGAAUUGUCUCGAUUCAUAUGGAAAAAGGAAUCGCGAUUUGUCUUUGCUUUCACAAGCGUGCGAGUGAGAUCGCAAAUGAAACAAAACUACAUACCGUGAAAUGAAUCAAAACUGCAUAUACCGCGCGCAACUUCGUCCGCGUGUUAUGCAUUUUUCGUCUAACACACAAACACGCGUAUCUACAUACACUUGUUAACUGUAACCCAUUUUAUUACAUGAGGCAUAUAAGCACGCAUGAAUGACUGGCAGUGCGUGAAGAUGCGUGUAUAGACGCGUGUGCGUGUCUGAAUGCGUGUGUGCAUGGGGAAAAUAACGACGAAAAUAUAUAAACCGGUUUGCAACUGGGUUUUUGGUAUUACGACAGGAUUGAAAGAGAUAACGUACAUGAUCACAAAAAUGGGAAAUUGAGAGAGAGAGGGAGAGAGUGAGAAAAAGAGAGAGAGAGCGCCUAUACACUCGUACGUAUCACGAUUACGUGUACUAUAUAAGAUAAACAGUUUACAAUUAUUUGUAACGGAUACUUUUUAUUUGUCAAAUAAAAGUUAGUACAAAGGA